CACCCACACAAAAGAUGGAGGGUGCGUUCUUCCAAUUUGUGCAUGUGACACGUUCCUCCAAUAGUUGAAUAUAAAUAGUCUUACAGACAGUAGACAGGGAAAUCAUCUGAUCAAAGGCUGUGAAGGUCUGAAUACACCAUGGCAUUAAGAACAGCUUUAUCACGCCUGCUGUUGAACUCACAGCGAUGUUCUCUGAUCUCUGUGUCAAGGACCCAGGGCACUUCAGCACCUGCUGCAUACGAGAUAGAGGAGCAAGUGAAAAUAACAGCGAAAAGACCUAAGGUGCAUUUUAACUGGCGAGAUGCUUUGGAUCUGGAGGGGCAGCUCACAGAAGAGGAGAUCAUGAUCCGAGACAGUUUCCGCACGUACUGCGAGGAGAAGCUCAUGCCCCGUAUCCUCAUGGCCAACAGGAAUGAGAAUUUCCAUCGGGAGAUUGUAAACGAGAUGGGAGAACUUGGUGUCCUUGGGCCUACGAUUCAAGGAUAUGGUUGUGCGGGCACUAGUUACGUGGCCUACGGUCUGAUCGCCAGAGAGGUGGAGAGAGUGGACAGUGGGUACCGUUCAGUUAUGAGUGUCCAGUCUUCGCUGGUCAUGCACCCUAUCAAUGCAUAUGGAACAGAAGCACAGAAGCAGAAAUACCUGCCUAAACUAGCUCUUGGAGAGAUGCUGGGUUGUUUUGGACUUACAGAGCCAAACCAUGGGAGUGACCCUAGUGGCAUGGAGACCAAAGCCAGAUACAAUCCCUCCAGCAGGACCUAUAGCAUCAGCGGGGCAAAAACAUGGAUCACUAACUCCCCGUACGCUGAUAUCUGUGUGGUCUGGGCAAAAUGUGAGGAUGGCAAAGUGAGAGGGUUUAUCCUGGAGAGAGGAAUGAAGGGAUUGAGCACCCCUAAGAUAGAGGGCAAGUUCUCCCUCAGGGCCUCCGCCACUGGGAUGAUCCUAAUGGACGAGGUUGAAGUGCCAGAGGAAAACCUGCUGCCUCAUGUGUCCGGCCUCGCUGGUCCCUUUGGCUGCCUGAAUAAUGCCCGUUAUGGCAUUGCAUGGGGCGCUCUGGGUGCUGCGGAAUUUUGUUUCCAUGCUGCCCGCCAGUACACCUUGGACAGAAUCCAGUUCGGAGUCCCACUGGCCAGAAACCAACUCAUACAGAAGAAGAUGGCAGACAUGCUGACUGAGAUUACGAUCGGGCUGCAGUCCUGUCUACAGCUGGGUAGACUCAUUGACCAAAAGAAGCAGUCGCCAGAGAUGAUCUCCAUGCUGAAACGUAACUCCUGCGGUAAGGCCCUGGACAUCGCCAGGCAGGCCAGAGACAUGUUGGGAGGAAACGGCAUAGCAGACGAAUACCAUAUCAUUCGCCACGUCAUGAACCUAGAGGCCGUCAACACAUACGAAGGCACUCAUGACAUCCAUGCUUUGAUCUUGGGCAGAGCCAUCACUGGACUCCAGUCUUUUACUGUUGGGAAAUAAACCCAUAUUUCUCUCCUAACAUGGGUAAAUGGACUUUUGCGUCUGUCUCUGCAAUAAGGGAAACUCUAUAUCAACAUCCAUCCAUCCAAGUGCUUCUAUAUGCGCUUAAAUCUUUUGCUUAGUAAAUGGGUCCAAACUCACAUCUGCUCUCUCUCUGUGGUCAAAUGCAUGUCUGCAAAGGUAAAUAUAUUUUCUCUAGGGUACUGGUUUGACAUGCAUUAAUAUGUCAUGUUACAAAAACUGUUGCAUUAUGAAACGGUUCAUGAUCUUGUCGUAAAAUGUAUUGCUGAAAGCCAUUUCUCCACAUUAUUCAUUUGAACUAAAUGAGAACUAAACAAUAAGAGAUAAUUAAUAGCAGUUUCAAAAUACUACUUUUUAGUUAAAUUACUUUUAAGUGCUUGCACUUUAGAGAUCCAGUGUGACCCACUGAUCAUUGUCAAUGACUCUUGUUAAUUUUGUUGUAUUUAUUAAAUAAAGUGAACAUCACAGGAAUUCUAUGCAUUCAUUCUGAAUAAAAUCUCAUUUGUUUUA